GACCCGAACUGCAUGCGCCGAAAUUCCUUGCCAUCAAGGACAAAGCAGGCGCAGCCUCUGGAAUACGUUACAUGCAAAUAUCACAAAAAAUACUUCAGUUCAUCAGUUAAAUAAAAAAAAGGGUAAAAGCAGAACUCGGGAUUAACAGGCCAGGAGGGAAAAUUAAUUUAAAGGUUUUGCAGCUGCGUUUGGCGUUUUCCUGCCGGUAUAGGCUGCUGCUUCGCGCAGUACCGUGGGAUAACUUGGGGAGGGGGGAUGAGGACUGGGGAGGCUUUUGUUUGCCGUCCACUCUUCACUUUUAGGUUGCCUAGCACGACCAAGCCAGCAAUCUAAAGGGAUUAUACCAGCGGCGAACUCCGGCAACGUCUUAGUCGAAAUGGAAAGAGAGUAUCUGAAACUGACCGUUUUUCUCAGCGCCCUUUGCGCAGCGUCGGGAGAGGGCUGUUCCCUGGAGCUCCGCCCGUCGCGGGUGGUGGUGGGGUUCGGGGAUCCCGUGUCGGUCAGCUGCGUGGCCUCGCGCCCCGUGCGGGUGCUCGGCUGGGAGGCGGCCAUCGGCUCCGCCCACACGCAGAGUGACCUCACCGUCCGGUGGGGCGUGGACAGCCUGAAGGACUGGAUCGAGGAGCCCAUCUGCUACGGCGUGUUCUUCACCGCGCCCAGGCAGUGCGAGGAGAAGCUCAACCUAGUGCUAUACAAGAUUCCAGACAGCGUCUCCAUUAGCGCUGUGAACCACACAGGCCCGAUGACGGAUGGGCAACAGUACCAGCUGCAGUGUGAGGUCCAGAACAUCGCUCCUGUUCAGUACCUCACCCUCAGGUGGUACAGGGGACAGACAGAAGUUUACAAUCACACAUUCUCUGAUCUCACACCUGACACGCCUGUCCAAGUGUCUUCUACCCUCCUGGUCACACCCACCAGCGCUGAUGAUGGAGCGCAGUACAGCUGCGUGGCAGAGCUGGAACUGGGACCUGAAGGACCACAACCCCCACCUGAAGUAAAAUCUGAGCCACUCAACAUCACUGUGCACUACUCCCCCGUCUUCUACAGUCCAGAUGAUGAGACCUUGGAGGUGACAGAGGGGGAAGGGGUCCCCUUAAACUGCUCCGCCCAGGGGAACCCCUUUCCUGUGUACUCCUGGUCCUCUCCUCUCAACCAAGAAGAGAAGACGAGUCAGACACAAAUCACCUCCACCUCUCUGACCCCCGGUGCCCACUCCUACACCUGCACUGCCUCCAACCAACUAGGACAGCAGAGCAAGAAAUUCACUGUCAAAAUCCUCUCCAAAGGUGUAUAGUAAGGGGGAACUGCAGUGAGGGCUUGGGCAGAGAUUCAUCAGCGGUGUGAUGUUAUAUCACGCAGAGAGAACCUGAACCUGAUGCACCUGUCCAAGGAUCUUGAGUCCGUAUGGGAUGUUUCACACUUACUCCUCAAUGAUUUAGCAAUGAUGCACUGUUAGUCUGUGUGUCUGAAUCAAUCCAUGUAUGAUGGUUAGGGAAUGUUUUUGAAUCCAUAUAAGAUGGUAUUCCUACUCCUCAGUGUUAGCUUUGAGACAUUUUAGUUUUUUUUUUCUUUUAAUACUUUUUGUUUGUAGCACAUGUACAUGCUGCUUAAGUUGGACUACUGUAACAGGAUUAAUAUUUGUAUAGUUCUAUGUUCACAUUCAUUUUUAAGGAACUUCUUGUAUAUGCAGUGUUUUCACAUGUUUUUCACUAAUAAAAUGACAUUGUACUAAAAAAA